CUGAGGGCCGUGGACGUCGAUGUCGACGAGCAGAAGCAACCUGACUCUGACUCGACUCGGUUAUUCGCUCACCACUCGCGCUUGAAUACGGACGUGUUUUCGGUUCGAAGUCACAGUCGAAGUAGAAGGCGAAUCACAACGGAUCGGGCGACUCGUAUCGGUUGAAAGUUCAGAAACUCGUCAAUUGACAUAAAUUGAGUGCAAUUUGCAGUGUGCGAAAUGUGUGUCUAAGUGAAGCCAUCGACCAGCCAACAAUUCGCCAGCUUCGCCGCCUCUUGUCGCGUGUUUCGCUUAAUUCAACUACUUAAUUAGUAGACAUAAACAAAUCGUGCUUUGAGUCCAACAUGGCCGACGAAAGUCUGCACACCGUGCCCCUGGAGCACAACAUAGACUAUCACAUCGUGACGCUCUUCGAGCGCCUGGAGGCGAUGCGUAAGGACUCGCACGGCGGUGGCCACGGGGUCAACAAUCGCCUGUCCAGCACCCUGCAGGCUCCCAAGCGGAGCAUGCAGGCCGAGAUUCGCACGCUGGAGUUCUGGAGAUCCAUCAUCAGCGAGUGUCUGGCCUCCUUCAUGUACGUGUUCAUCGUCUGCGGUGCCGCCGCUGGCGUCGGAGUGGGGGCCAGUGUGUCGUCCGUGCUUUUGGCCACGGCUCUGGCCUCCGGCCUGGCGAUGGCUACACUGACGCAGUGCUUCCUCCACAUCUCGGGCGCCCACAUCAAUCCCGCCGUCACCCUGGCUCUCUGCGUAGUGCGAUCCAUAUCUCCGAUCCGAGCUGCCAUGUACAUAACCGCACAAUGUGGCGGAGGAAUCGCCGGAGCUGCUCUGCUUUAUGGCGUAACUGUGCCCGGUUACCAGGGAAAUCUUCAGGCCGCCAUCUCACAUAGCGCUGCUCUGGCCGCCUGGGAAAGAUUCGGUGUGGAAUUCAUCCUCACCUUUCUGGUGGUUCUGUGCUAUUUCGUAUCCACGGAUCCCAUGAAGAAGUUCAUGGGCAACUCGGCCGCCUCGAUUGGAUGUGCCUACAGCGCCUGCUGCUUUGUGUCGAUGCCAUACCUGAAUCCAGCCCGCUCCCUGGGUCCUUCGUUUGUGCUCAACAAAUGGGACAGCCAUUGGGUGUACUGGUUCGGACCACUGGUGGGCGGCAUGGCCUCUGGCCUGGUGUACGAGUACAUCUUCAACUCGCGCAACCGCAACCUGCGCCACACCAAGGGCAGCAUCGACAACGACUCCAGUUCGAUCCACUCGGAGGACGAGCUGAACUACGACAUGGACAUGGAGAAGCCCAACAAGUAUCAGCAGUCGCAAGGCACCUACCCGCGUGGCCAGUCCAAUGGCAAUGGCGGAGGUCAGGCGGCCGGAAAUGGUCAGCACCAAGCUGCCAACAUGGGCCAGAUGCCGGGCGUGGUGGCCAACGCCGGUCAGGGCAACUACUGCCAGAAUCUGUACACGGCUCCUCCGCUCUCCUCAAAGUAUGAUCAGCAGCAGGAACCUCUGUACGGAGGAACCCGCUCCCUAUACUGCCGUUCGCCCACUCUGACCAGGAACAACCUGAAUCGCUCGCAAUCUGUGUACGCCAAGAGCAACACGGCCAUUAAUCGAGACAUUGUGCCCCGUCCAGGUCCUCUGGUGCCCGCCCAGAGUCUUUAUCCCAUGCGCACCCAGCAGCAGCAGCAGCAACAGCAACAACAGCAGCAGCAACAGGUGGCACCCGCACCUCAAUCCUCCCACUUGCAGAACCAAAAUGUCCAGAAUCAGAUGCAGCAGCGCAGCGAGAGCAUCUACGGAAUGAGGGGCUCCAUGCGAGGACAGCAGCAGCCAAUCCAGCAGCAACAACAGCAGCAGCAGCAGCAGCUUCAGCAACAACAGCCCAACAUGGGGGUGCAGCAGCAACAGAUGCAGCCUCCGCCACAGAUGAUGCCCGAUCCUCAGCAGCAGCCGCAGGGCUUCCAGCCGGUCUACGGCACACGCACAAAUCCCACGCCGAUGGACGGAAAUCACAAGUAUGACCGACGUGACCCGCAGCAAUUGUACAGCGUGACGGGGCCAAGGAAUCGCGGACAGUCGGCGCAGUCGGACGACAGCUCCUAUGGCUCAUAUCACGGCUCGGCUGUCACGCCGCCAGCUCGUCAUCCCAGCGUGGAGCCAUCUCCUCCGCCACCGCCCAUGCUGAUGUAUGCCCCGCCCCCACAGCCGAAUGCAGCCCACCCGCAACCCAUUCGCACGCAGUCGGAGCGGAAAGUGAGCGCUCCAGUUGUGGUAUCCCAGCCGGCAGCGUGCGCUGUGACCUACACAACCUCGCAAGGAUCAGCGGUGACAGCCCAACAGCAGCAACAACAACAGCAGCAGCAGCAGCAACAACAGCAGCAACAACAGCAGCAGCAGCAACAGAUGAUGAUGCAACAACAGCAGCAACAUUAUGGAAUGCUGCCGCUGAGGCCCAACUGAAAGCGGCUGUCAUGGGGUCCGGUGACCACGCCGCCGCCAGGGAUCCACGCCCUCGCCCUCCAGCCCGGAGGCACCAUGACCCUGCACCGCUGCAGCCUAGCCAAGCAGAGCAGUUUGUUUUAGUCGUAGUCGUAGUAGCACUCGGGCAUCGCAUCCAAAGGAAAUGUACGCAAGUCUCAGCCCCAUAUAGUCUAGCAUAGUCCUAGUUUAGAUAGACGCAGCAUAGCCACAUUGUAUUAAUUCAGAGUCAACGCGACGAGGAACUUACACCUAGCAGCAGACAACGACGAUGCGAUCUAGCAAAGAUCAUGUACGCUUAAGGAACUAACCGAAAGCUAGACUAAGCGAUCUAGGUGAUCUAGACUGAAAGACAGGUGCAUUUAACUAAGCUACAUCCCUUAAGUUUUGUUCAAUCUUGGUUACAUACUCAUUUUGUCAAAAGAAACUUAAUUUUUUGAAUAACAGCCUUUUGUUACAACUCAUAUUUGUUUUGGCAAAUCAUUUGGUUAUUUAUGUUUCUUGUGAAUGCAAAACUAGACUGAACUUACCUAAAGCAUUUUGUACGUUAUAUUUCAAAGUUCAUACAUAUGUACACUUCCCAUUUUCCGAGGACAUUCAAAGAUUUUCGUUUACUUUUCGAUUUUAAUUUGUAUAUAGUCCAUAUAGACGUAAGCUAAUCCUGUAAAUCUUACGACCCUAGGCUCGGAAGUCGAUACCAAUAUAUAUGCUUACUUAUUAAAAUAAUUGUAUUUUCUUAGUGAUAAACCCGUUUGCUAAUAGUUGUUAGAGCCUAAGAGAUCAACGCAAAUAUAUUGUGUAUCAAAAUAAAGACAAGUUCAUUCAAGAAAGA